GUUAGCCUCUAGAAUGGAAGGUGUGGUGUCGCCCGCAGGAGAGCAAAGGCCACCGCAAGGUGCUGGCGUCGGCCGGCGUCAACCUGAAGAACUUCGCCAGUCUCACGCCGACCCAGACGGACCUGAACCUGCGCCUGAAGCCGCUCUCCGUCAAGGUGGUGGAGGCGUCGCUCAGGUUGUCGCUGUCGUGCAUAUUCGUCCGCGAGGGGAAAGCCACAGACGAGGACAUGCAGAGCCUCGCCAGCCUGAUGAGCAUCAAACCCGACGUGGCCAACAUGGACGAUUUCAACGAGAGCGACGAGGACGGCGACGACGCCAAGGCGGCGGUCGUUCCACGCACUCUCACGCGUCCCAAUCGCCCCGCCCCCCCUCCGCCUGAGCCCGCUGACACCUUGCCAGCGUUCCGACAGCCCCGCCCCUCGCCUCCGGGCGACCCACGCCUUAUUGGCGCCGCCCCCGCUCCGCCCCAGUGGCCAAAAACGAGCCCUCCGUUAGGAGCCGCCGACAUUGUUGACGAGUCUUCGCCUCCACCUGUUGAGCCACCUGCCAACUCCGCCCCCUCACAUGAAGGCCCGCCCCCGCCAAAGAAGUUCUUCAGCUGGACAGGUGGCGCCAAAGCGCACGUGCCCUCUGACCUCUCCCCCCCCGACACAUGCACAUCCUCCUUCGCGCUCACCCUCAUCCCUCCUGCUAACCCUCAAGCCCCGCCCACUCACCUUCCUCCGCCUCUGCCCAGAAUCUUCCAGUCAGACUCUGGAAAAGCGGCUGUCUCGACUCAGCGGCGCCCCCCGGGGGACCAGACGUCACACGCCGCCAGCGCCGCGUCGGCCCAUGUUUUCGCAGCUCAAGUUGUCAAGUCGGACCCCCGCCCUCCCUCCCCCUCGCCCUUCAGCACCGAGGCCCCGCCUCUCGCGGCGACUGCCUCUGAAGCCCCUCCCGUCGCUGGUGACGUCCUCCCGGUGCCCCUGUUGAGUCGCCCUGACCUCGACGCCCUCUGUGAGCCCGCCGCCCCGACUCUUCGCCCCGCCCUCCCGCGUUCCUCGCCGCCCCGCUCGUCCUCUCAGCUCAGGGCCCCGCCCACAGAGGCCACGCCCCCACUCCACCAAGCCGAGAAGACCGCAGCACCUGUUGCCAAGGAAACCACUCUGGCCACGCCUGCCGAUGACAUCACAGCAUCCAACCCACCAAUCACAGCACAGCAUGGCAAGGUGGCAGGGGAGGCCAGUCCUGCCCCUCCCCAAUCUGAGACUAUAGUAGCCCCGCCUCCUCCGUGGCCCUUUUGCGAGAGCUCCGCCCCCCAGCCGCCCUCCUCCACUGCCAAGCAAUCAAAAGGAGGCACGAGCCUCCUCGCUCACCACCGCUCCACCUUGGGCGAGCAAGAAGAGGAGAGGAAGCGACGUGAGCAGGAGAGGAGGAGGCUGGUGGAGGAGGAGAAGAGGAGACUCUUGAAGGAGCAGGAGGAGGCCAGGAAGCUGAAGGAGAGGAGGAGGCGCGAGCAAGACCGACUCCUGGAGGAAUGGAACAUCAUGCGAGAAGAGGAGGACCGCAGGAGGAGGAGGAGCACGUUGGUGCAGAAAGAGAAGGAGCAGCAGAAAUGGAAAGACAAGGAGGAACGACAACAAGAGAGGUGGAGCAGAGAUGAAGAGCCGAAGGGGGUCCACAGAUUAGAGGAGGAGAAAGCGAGGAGGGCGGAGACAAGGAAAAAGGAGGAGGAAGAGAGUAAUAAAAGGAAGGAAGAAGAUGCGAAGAGAAGGAGCGAGGAGGAGAGGAGAGAGAAGGAAGAGGAAGAGGAGAAAAGACAAGAAGAAAGGAGGAGACACGAAGAGGAGGUGAGAAAGAGAGAGAGAGAGAAGGAACGAGAGGAGAUGGAGCAGAGGAGAAAAGAGGAGGAGGCGGGAAAGAGGGCAGAGGAGGUGAGGAAGAACAAGGAGGAGGAGGAGAGGAAGAGGAAAGAUGAAGCGGAGCAGCAGAGAGUCAAGGAGGAAAAGAGGAGGCAGGAGACAGACCGGCUGGAGGAGGAGAAGAAGAGGAAAAAGGAGGAGGAGGAGGAGAGGAAGAAAAAGGAGGAAGAGAGAAAAAUUAAGGAGGAAAAGGAGAGGAAGAGGAAUGAGGAGGAGAGAAAGAAACAGGAAGAAGAGAAGAGGAAGGAUGAGGAAAGAAGGAAGAAGCUAGAAGAGGAAAGAAAGAGGAAGGAGGGAGAGGAGAGAAAACAGAAGGAUAAGGUGGAGAGGUGGAAGAAGCUAGAAGAGGAAAAAGAACAAAAGGAAAAUGAGAGGAAGAAAAAGGAGGAAGAGGAGAGAAAGGAAAUUGAGGAAAAGAAGAGGCAGGAGAAAGACCGGCUGGAGGAGAAGAUGAAAAAGGAGGAAGAGGAGAGAAAGAGGAAGGAGGAAGAUGAGAAGAGGAAGAAGGAGGAAGAGGAGAGAAAGAAAAAAGACGAAGAGGAGAGGAAGAAAAAGAAGGAAGAGAGAGAGAUUAAGGAGGAAAAGGAGAAGAAGAGGAAUGAGGAGGAGAGAAAGAAACAGGAAGAAGAGGAGAGGAGAAAGGAUGAGGAAAGAAGGAAAAAGCUAGAAGAGGAAAGAAAGAGGAAGGAGGAAGAGGAGAGAAAAAGGAAGGAUGAGGUGGAGAGGUGGAAGAAGCUAGAAGAGGAAAAAGAACAGAAGAAAAAGGAGGAAGAGGAGAGAAAGAAAAAGAAGGAAGAGGAGAGAAAGAGGGGGGAUGAGGUGGAGAGGAGGAACAAGCUAGAAGAGGAAAAAGAACAAAAGGAAAAGUUGAGGAAGAAAACGGAUGAAGAGGAGAGAAAGGAAAAGGAGGAAAAGAAGAGGCAGGAGAAAGACCGACUGGAGGAGGAGGAGAAGAAGAUGAAAAGAGAGGAAGAGGAGAGAAAGAGGAAGGAAGAAGAUGAGACGAGGAAAAAGGAGGAACAGGAGAGAAAGAAGGAGGUAGUGGAGAGAAAGAAGGAAGAGGAGAAGAAGAAAAAAAUUGAGGAAGAGAGAAAGAGGAAUGAGGAGCAGAGAAAGAAACAGGAAGAAGAGGAGAGGAGGAAGGAUGAGGAAAGAAGGAAAAAGCUAGAAGAGGAGAAAAAGAAAGAAGAUGAGGUAAAGAAAAAGGAGGAAGAGGAAAGAAAGAGGAAGGAUGAUGACAGAAAGAGAGGGGAAGAGGAGAGGAAGAAAAAGGAAGAAGAAAGAAAGAUUAAGGAGGAAAAGAAGAGGAAUGAGGAGGAGAGAAAGAAACAGGAAGAAGAGGAGAGGAGGAAGGAUGAGGAAAAAAGGAAAAAGCUACAAGAGGAGAAAAAGAAAGAAGAGGAGGUAAAGAAAAAGGAGGAAGAGGAACAAAAAAGGAUGGAUGAUGAGAGAAAGAAAACAGAGGAAGAGGAGAGGAAACGGAAUGAUGAGGUGGAGAGGUGGAAGAAGCUCAAGGAGGAAAAAGAACAGAAGGAAAAGGAGGAGGAAAGGAGGAAGAGAGAAGAAGAAGAAGAGAUGGAGAAGAGAAGAAAGGAGGUGAAAAGAAGAGAAGAAGACAUAAAGAGGCAGCAGGAGGAGAAGUGGAAAUGUCCCCAUCUGCUGGACAAAAGCUGCAUGACACCUUCAAGUCUCAGCCAAUCAGCAGAGAGCAAGUCACUCCAUCAGAGGGAAAGUGUCGAACAGCCAAUCGUAGCCAAGGCCCCGCCUCCCACCUUCCAAGGAGACUCCUCCCAGCUGGACCACAAGGCGCCACCAAAGACUGCAGAGGAGGGGGACAACCCGUGGAGGAUGGGGGAGGGGACAGCAAAGGGGGCGGGACCACAGAGGAAGGAGGAAGAGGAGGAGUCAGUAGGACCUGCAGUCCGCCAUGGCGACCAUGGUGAAAGUGGCGUCGGGAUGGCCACCAUUUCCGAAGGGGAAGAAGAAAGUCCUGACCUCUGCCCUGUGGAGGAGGAGGAGCGUCUCCUAUUGGCUAAAAUCCACGUGAUGACCUUUGACACGUCCCCGGUCACCAGGAAGCGCCUGGUUCCUGCCCCAGGAGAGAUCCACCAUGACGUCCUGGAGGCGGAGUCAGACAUCCCGGCGAAUGGCGAGGAGUCGCCAAAGCGGAGGCGGGAAGAGGACGUGUCACGUGACCAAUGGGGCGCCCCCCCUGAUGGCGUGUCAAGUCAGUCUGGUAGCACACCAAUCAGAGAGGAGGCUGAUGGGAAGGACGACAACGGCGGCGAGGACCUGGUGACCCCCAGCCAGUUGCUGCUGAGGUGGUGUCAGGAGGUCACGGCCGACUACGCCGGGGUCAGAGUCACCAACUUCAGCACUUCCUGGAGGAACGGCUUGGCCUUCUGCGCCAUCCUGCACCACUUCCACCCCGACCUCAUGUAUGUAGAUUUUGAGCGUCUGAAGUCACAUGACAUCAAAAUGAACAACAAGAAGGCCUUUGACGCCUUCGAGUCUUUGGGCAUCUCUCGCCUGCUGGAGCCGUCAGACAUGGUUCUGCUGUCGGUUCCGGACCGCCUCAUCGUGAUGACGUACCUCAGCCAGAUCCGCUCGCACUUUACCCAGCAGGAGCUCAGCGUGCUGCACAUCGAGCGCAACGCCAGCCAGUCCAGCUAUGGCCCCGCCCUCGCCGGCCCGCCACCUUCUGACGUGCAGGCCGCCGCCUUCUGUGUGGCGAGACUCAACCAGGGGGAAGGACUGCAAGAGGGAGGGGCCGCCUUGCUCGUACCGCCCCCCAGGUCCAAGAGAACCACACAAGAAGAGGCCCCGGGUCCCGUCACAGGGCCCAAGUCCACCUCCCAGGCCGCCAAGUCCAGACCGCCGCAGGGCGAGGGUGAGAGCAUCACCACACGGGAACCUGAAGACAAGACCAUGCGCCUGCAGGACACCGGUCAGUACGUGCUGAGCGAGCUGGUGGCGUUGGAGGCGGAGCAAAAGCACAUCGACACCAGGGCGGCGGUGGUGGAGCGCCGCCUGCGGAGCCUCAUGGAGACGGGAAGUGACCGCGACGAGGAGGAGAGGCUGAUUCAGGAGUGGUUCACGCUGGUCAACAAGAAGAACGCUCUGAUACGGCGACAAGACCACCUGGAACUUUUGCAGGAGGAACAGGACCUGGAGAGAAAGUUUGAACUGCUGACUCGGGAGCUGCGAGUCAUGAUGGCGAUUGAAGACUGGCAGAAGUCGCGCGCUCACCACGAGCGUGAGCAGCUUCUCCUCCAGGAGCUGGUGUCUCUGGUCAACCAGCGCGAUGACGUCAUCAGAAACAUGGACGCCAAGGAGCGAGGGGCGCUGGAGGAGGACGAGCGUCUGGAGCGCGGCCUCGCCAUGAGGAGGAGGAAGUACGACCACAAGGACAAGUGCGUCCUGCAGUGACACGCCAGCGCGUGUUGUUUGGACGUGUUGCCGUGGCGACUGAACUCUUUUUUUUUUUUUUUUUUUUUGAAGAGUACGUGUGUUGGUGUGUAGAUUUCUACUUCAUGCUGUGUACUUUCAUGUAGUAUUUGUAUGAGCUGGACUCAACAUGGCGGCCGCUUGUUUGGGGGGGGGGGAUGCGAUACGACGGCGUGCUCGUCCACCCGCGCGACACUUCCAAAACCUGUGACAUCUGUGGUGUUACCAGUGGGACAUUGGUGAUGAUAUCAGUGACAUCUACGAUGACCUCAUUGAUGAUAUCAGUAAGAUUAGUGGCGGUAUCACGACAUCCAUGAUGUCAUCAGCGGCAAUAUGAAUGACGUCAGUAUGAUAUCAUUGGUAAUAGCAGUGAUAUUCAUGACACCAGAAGUGGCAGUAUCAAUAUGACGUUUGGUGACAAUUUCAGUGACGUCAAUGGUGACGAUCAGUCACAUUUACGAUGACAUCAUUGACAAUAACAGUAAGAUUAGUGGCGAUAUCACGACAUCCAUGAUGUUAUCACCGGCAAUAUCGAUGACGUCAGUAUGACAUCAGUGGCAAUAUCAGUGAUAUCCACAACAUCAUCAGCGGCAGUAUCAAUAUAACGUUUGGUGACAAUUUCAGUGACAUCUACGAUGACAUCAUUGACAAUAACAGUAAGAUUAGUGGCGAUAUCACGACAUCCAUGAUGUUAUCAGCGGCAAUAUCGAUGACGUCAGUAUGACAACAUCAGUGGCAAUAUCAGUGAUAUCCACAACAUCAGCGGCCGUUAUCAAUAUAACAUUUGACGAAAAUUUCAGUGACAUCAGUGUGACGUCUAUGGUGACGAUAUCAGUGACAUCUACGAUGACAUUGACAAUAACCGUAAGAUUAGUGGCGACAUCCCGACAUCCAUGAUGUUAUCAGCGGCAGUAUCGAUUAUGUCAAUAUGACAUCAGUGGCAAUAUCAGUGAUAUCCACAACAUCAUCAGCGGCAGUAUCAAUAUAACAUUUGGUGACAAUUUCAGUGACAUCAGUGUGACAGCAAUGGUGACGAUAUCAGUGACAUCUACGAUGACUUUGACGAUAACAGUAAGAUUAGUGGCGAUAUCACGACAUCCAUGAUGUUAUCAGCGGCAGUAUCGAUGACCUCAAUAUGACAUCAGUGGCAAUAUCAAUAUACCGUUUGGUGACAAUUUCAGUGACAUCAGUGUGGCAGCAGUGUGACGUCAAUGGUGGCGAUAUCAGUGACAUCUACGAUGACAUCAUUCAAUCAAUCAAUCAAUGUUUACUUGUAUAGCCCUAAAUCUAUACACAAGCCACAACGACAUCCUCAGCUCUGAUCCCACAUCUGACAUCUACGAUAACCAUAAGACUAGUGCCGAUAUCCCGACAUCCAUGAUGUUAUCAGCGACAAUAUCAAUUAUGUCAGUAUGAGAUCAUCAGUGGUGAUAUCGGUGACAUCCAUGACAUCACCAGUGGCGAUAUCGGUGAUAUCCACAACAUCAUCAGCGGCAGUAUCAAUAUGACAUUUGGUGACAUCCGUGUGACGUAAAUGGUGAUGAUAUCGGUCACAUCAAUGACGAUAACACUUAGUGGCGAUAUCACGACAUCCAUGAUAUCAGCGGCAAUAUCAAUUAUGUCAGUAUGAGCUCAUCAGUGGUGAUAUCGGUGACAUCAUGACAUCACCAGUGGCGAUAUCGGUGAUAUCCACAACAUCAGCGGCAGUAUCAAUAUGACAUUUGGUGACAUCCGUGUGACGUAAAUGGUGAUGAUAUCGGUGACAUCAAUGACGAUAACACUUAGUGGCGAUAUCACGACAUCCAUGAUAUCAGCGGCAAUAUCAAUGACGUCAGUGGUAAUAUUGGUGACAUCCAUGCUAUCAUCAGUGGCGAUAUCAAUGAUAUACACAUCAGCAGCAGUAUCAAUAUGACAUUUGGUGACAAUUUCAGUGACGCCAGUGGUGACGGUAUUCAUGACAUUGGUGAUGACAUCAUUUGUGGCGAUAUCUGUGACAUCGAAGAUGACCUGAUGGACGAUAUCAGCGACAUCCUGGUGCCCUCUGAUAUGAUUGGUGACGAUAUCACUGACAUCCUGGUGCCCUCUGAUAUUAUUGGUGACGAUAUCAGUGACAUCCUGGUGCCCACUGAUAUUAUUGGUGAUGAUAUCAGUGACAUCCUGGUGCCCUCUGAUAUUAUUGGUGACGAUAUCAGCGACAUCCUGGUGCCCUCUGAUAUUAUUGGUGACGAUAUCAGUGACAUCCUGGUGCCCUCUGAUAUUAUUGGCGACGAUAUCAGCGACAUCCUGGUGCCCUCUGAUAUUAUUGGUGACGAUAUCAGUGACAUCCUGGUGCCCUCUGAUAUUAUUGGUGACGAUAUCAGCGACAUCCUGGUGCCCUCUGAUAUUAUUGGCAAUAUCAGUGACAUUUAUGACAUCACCAGUGAAAAUAUCAGCAUGACAUCUGUGAUGACAUCAGCAACAUCCAUGUUGUUAUAAGUGGGGAUAUCAAUGACAGUGAUGACGUCAGUGACAAUAUCUGUGUGACACGGGUGAUGAUACCAGUGACAUUGGCGGCAAUAUCGCCGACACAAUCGGUGACGAUUUCAGCGAUAUCAAAAGUGGCCAUUUUUCAAUGACACCCGUGACGUCAUCAGCGACCACAUCAUCGGCCUCCACAUGGUACAGGAUGCAAUUACGUCAGGGGGCGGGGCCAACUGUUGGACUCUCUUCUCCACGGUCUAUUCAAAGGAGCGACCGCCAGGUGGCGCCACCGAACCUAAACAUCAUUUUAUGCUUGGAAAAAGUGGAAGAAUGUUUGAGGGGGAAAAAAAGAACCUUAUUAAAAAAAAAAGAUAUUUAUUACAAA